AUGAAAAGUACCUCCACCAUUUAUCCAAAUAGUACCACUUUUCUUAAUAUUGAUGCCAUCGAUGAAUUUUGCUUUCAUAUUGGUGGAGAUUCGAGUGCACUCAAAAAUGAAUUUCUUGUUAUUAAACCCAUGCUUCAAUCGAAAAAAGUCAAUAAUGUUAUUGAAUUGUAUAAUGAAUUAAUUUCAAUGUCAGAUGCAUUUCCCCAAACGUUAAAAAUGAUAACCAAUGCCAUAACUAUGCCAAUUUCACAAGUUACUUUACCUAAUCCGCCGAUCGAUGAAGUUAUUGCUGCUGGUAUAGUGCCUCGUUUUGUUGAUUUAUUGAAAGUUCAACAUUUUCGAAUUCAAUUUGAAGCAACAUGGACUUUGACAAAUAUUGCAUGGGGUAAUUCAAGUCAAGUAAAAUAUGUUAUUGAUGCUGAUGCUGGGCCGGCAUUGAUUCAUUUAUUAACAAGCACUAAUGAAGAUGUUCGAGAACAAGCUGUAUGGGCUCUUGGUAAUAUUACUGGAGACAAUCCAGAAUACCGUGAUUAUGUUCUCAAUAAAGGAGCACUCACGCCAUUAUUACACAUUCUUGAUCAUCAUUCUCGUUUGACAAUGGUACGCAAUGCUACAUGGUUCUUAUCAAAUUUAUGUUACGGUAAAACUUCAGUCGUUGAAAUCAUUAAAGUUGCUCAAGCAUUGCGUACACUAACUCAACUUCUGUACAAUUCGCCCAGCCAUCCAACUUUGAAUGUUCAACAGAAUGCUGAGCGUGCUGUGCAUAAUUUUGUUAUGGGCGCUGAUCGUCAAAUACAGGUGUGUUACAGUUUUCGCAUUGAUAAGUUCACUCAUGAGUCAUGA